GUUCUCACCAUAAGCUAUAUCAUAAUUUCAAUAUCUCGAUUCUCAAGUUUAGCAUAAAACAUAUCUCAAUUACGAAGACAUUGACAUUUGCUAUGUCAAUUUUAUGAAUUUAUCACAAGUUCACAAUAAGAUUAAUAUUAUUCGAAUGUGUUUUAUACUUCUUAAUCAGUUGUUGAUAUUGAGUAAAUAUGAGAUGAAUUUAGGCUGAAUUAUAUGCUAGCAACAUAAAUUUAUAAUUGUCAAAUCAAUUGUGUCAACUUAAUAUAUUAUGAACUGAAAAAAAAUAUGUUUGUUAUUAUUAUUAAUAUUAAAAGUUACCUGGCCAAUGCCCGGGAAUAAAGCUAGUUAUGAUUAGGGCUGUUAAUGAGUCGAAUCGAGCCGAGCUUUGUCAUAGUUCGGGCUCGGCUCAUUAAUAUAUUUUCAAGCUCGAGCUCGGCUCGUGUUCGUCACGAGCUUUAAUCUGCAAGCUCGAGCUCGACUCGUUUAUGAAAAUGAAAGCUCGAGCUUGACUCGAGCUCGGCUCGUUAAAUAAGUUUAACGAGCCCAAAAUCGAGUUCACCUCAUAAAAUGUUCAUGAUAGCUCAAGAUUGACCUAGAGCUGAGCACAAAAUUAUAUUCAAACCUGUAGCAAAGUCUAUCAAAGUAAAACACAAUAUUUAUCCUAAUUUCAAUACAUAAUCUAUGAAUUCUAAUAGUUUUUUUUUUUUAUGUCAAACCAGUAAAUGAGCUUGUUCGCGAGCUUUCGAGCCGAACAUGGUAUGGCUCGAGUUCGACUCGUUUAGUUAACGAGCUUGUUCGCGAGCCGGCUCGAUUAAGACUAAUCGAGUAUCGAACGAGUUUUUCUCGAGUCGGACAUCGAGCCGUUCAUGAGCGGCUUGGUUCAUUAACAGCCCUAUUUAUGAUAUAUUGCUGAACUCCGAUUAACAAUAGGGUCUAUAGCUGUAUGAACUAGGCGAAAAACGGUAAGGCUAGCCCAUUUGCUAAUGAAUAUUGGGCCGACUUGACCUAGUCAUUCAAAGCCCAACCCAUUUCCAAUUGUAACGGCUAGUUUUCACAACUUUUUUUUUUUUUUUUAAAUCGUACAAAGAAAAGCAAAUCAGAUUCAGCGGUUGUUCGAACGAGUACCGAGUAGGCGAGGUACUGACGCUCGCAAUAUUUCAAAUCCAAACGAACAUACUCGCUCUUCCCCUCACUCUCUCACUUCUAACGGCUCUCUCCAGGAAGUUAGAACUCUGAAACCCCAUUCCCCGCGCCCACCCACUACUAUCAUUACGGAUUCUCAACACUCAGUUUUUCUUCGCCAGAAGUAAUUCUGCCAUGGCGAAGGUCGCCUGAUCUCCACAAACAGGUACUAGUUUCUGGAUUCUUUGAUGGGGUUCUUUGAUUGCCGUGAAAAAAUUUGAGAAGAAAGCCCCUUGCCCUUAUAUUUCUGUCGUAAAGAUGAUUGCUUUUACAUGCCGUCUUCUUGCUUCAUUCAUCUUAGGGUUUAUUGGGGGUUUUAUUGAUUCUCCUCUUAGGUUUUCCUACUUAUGUUCAAUCUGCUUCGAUUUUGUUACAUGGGUUUGGUUGGUUGGUUGAUUGGCUUCCUAGAAAUCCAUGAACGUGACCGGUAAAAAGGGUUUCCGUGGCUGGAUAUUUUUUUUCAUGGAUUUUCUCGGAAUCCCAAUUGGAUUUAAGUGCAUAGAUUUGUGUAAUUAGAGAAUAAGUAGAAUCCGCUUCGUUAUCCCAUUUGAAUGGUUAAUUGAUAAGUUUUCUUGUUCAGAACGAUUGAAAACAAGAAACCCCCCACAGUCCACAAGUGAAGAAAUGGAGAGACUCUGCGAAGAACUGGAUGAAGCCAAAGCAGAAAUCGAGAGGCUGAGAGGAGAUUUGAAGAGCAAAUCGCAGUCGUUUGACAACUUGAAGAGAUCCCACAAUGAUCAAAUCCGCCAGCUUCAAUCAGCACAAUCAGAGAUCGAGUCACGAACCCACGAAAUCAGUGCAAAGGAAGGGCAAAUUCAGGAGCUAACCCACGAAGUGGGAAAGAUUCAACGCACGUUGAAUGAAAAGGAGUCCAUUGUGAGAGGGCUGAGCUCAGCAAACGACAAGCUUCGAUUUUCUUCUGAUGAUCAGUUUCAGAAAUGGGAGGAAGAGAAGAGACACCUGAUGGCGUCUCUAGAUGAGGCAAAUGAGAAGGAUAUAGAUCAACAGCAGAAGAUCAAUGUACUUAGGGCAGAGAUUGAAGGUCUCAAAGGGAUGCUUUCCACUUCUGAGAAGAAGUGUUUGGAAUCUGAAAAGCAGGCCAAAGCAGCUAAAGCACUAAGAGAUAGGGAUGAUGUGAUGAUGACAUUGGAAGAACAGAAGAUGAAGGUUGAAGAGAAGCUCAAGUGGAAAAGUGAGCAGUUCAAGCACCUAGAAGAGGCGCAUAAGAAGCUUCGAUUUGAGUUCAAGGAAAACGAAAAGGAGUGGAAGCAGGAGAAGACUCAGUUAGUUGAUGAGAUUUGUUCACUUCAGGAGAGCUUAGAUUCUCAGACAAGAAUUUCUCAAGAUCUUCAAAGCCAGUUGAAGAUGUGCAACCAUGCCCUUGCACGUGAAGAGAGCCAAAGGAAAGCGCUAGAUGUUGAGGUUUCUGACUUUAAGAAGCGUUUCGAGAAUGUUUAUACUGACUACCAGGAUGCAAAGUCACAGCUGGAAUGCUUGACCGCACAAAGGGACAAUGAAAUUGCAGCUCUCAGGCAUUCACUGUUGACAAAGGAGACACGUUGGAAAGAAGUUGAGUACCAGUCAAGAAAGCUCGAGCAAGAGAAUCAAGAGCUGCUGGAGUCACUCAAAGAGCUACGAGAAGCUCAGAUUCAGGAAGCUGGGAAUGGUUCUUCUCUAGCCAAACUUAAGAACAAGCUGAGAAGUGUGGAGCAGGUGCACAGAGAUUGUGCUGCGACUCUCAGGGCUAAAGAAGCUGAAUGGAGUUCUCAGGUGGAGAAAUUGACUGCAGAAGUUGCCAAGUACCAGUUUGCACUGGAGAGCAGUGAAGCAGUGGUGAAAGAGCUCGAGAUCGAACUGGAAAAUUGUCGCUCAGCUUUACUGCAGAUGAAGUUGCAGAAUGAGGAGGCUGCCAUAGCAUUAUUGGUGUUGAAAUCAGGAGUAGCUGAGGCUCAAUCCAACCUACGAAAGGCUGAAGCUGAGAAUAGUUUCUAUAACACAAAGAAAGUUGAUGAAGUUUCUAGCUUGAUGAAGCAGCUGGAGAUGAAGGAUGUUAUCUUGGCUAAAGCACAGAUGGAAAUCGAAGAAGAGCGUAGAAAGGUUGAGUCUUUGCAGUUGAGAGUCGAGGACAUCAUCCCUAUCGAAGAGCAGAAGCUUGUGCUGGAGAAAGAGGUUGCAAGGUACAGGGAGAUGCUCGAGGCAUCAUCCGGAUGCCAUUUCCAUUUCAAGGAACAAGCUUUGCAGGCAGAAAAAGAUCUGCAGCAGAAAAUUGAGACACUCUGCAAUGAAUUAGACAUGGUGAAUUCAGAAUUGGUCCAGGAGCGUGAGAAGGUAGUUUCACUGUCUACAAAGGCCGAGGCCCUCGAUCGUGUUGAAGAGAAGCUUCUGUUGCAAGAGAAGGAGCUCGAGAGACAAAAGCAAAUGGUCGAGGAAUCCUACAAUCAACAACGUUGCUUGGAAGAGAAAGCUUUCCAAACUGAGACAAACUUGCAGGAGAUGAUAAGAGAAAUAUCUGAUGCAUUGGAUGAAACAACUUCUGAAUUGGCUGAAGAAAGGGAGAGAAUUGAGUCCAUCAGCCUUCUUGAAGAGCAGAAGCUAGGGUUGCAGAAGGAAGUGGAGAGGCAUAAGAGAAUGCUGGAGGAGUCACUGAAAGAGGUUACAAGGUACAGUGAGAUGCUCGAGGAAUCAUCCGGAUGCCAUUUCCAUUUCAAGGAACAAGCUUUGCAGUCAGAAAAGGAUCUGCAGCAGAAAAUAGAGGCACUCUGCAAUGAAUUGGACAUGGUGAAUUCAGAAUUGGUCCAGGAGCGUGAGAAGGUAGUUUCACUGUCUACAAAGGCUGAGGCCCUCGAUCGUGUUGAAGAGAAGCUUCUGUUGCAAGAGAAGGAACUCGAGAGACAAAAGCAAAUGGUCGAGGAAUCCUACAAUCAACAACGCUGCUUUGAAGAGAAAGCUUUCCAAACUGAGACAAACUUGCAGGAGAUGAUAAGAGAAAUAUCUGAUGCAUUGGAUGAAACAGCUUCUGAAUUGGCUGAAGAAAGGGAGAGAAUCGAGUCUGUCAGCGUUCUUGAAGAGCAGAAACUAGGGUUGCAGAAGGAAGUAGAGAGGCACAUGGGAAUGCUGGAGGAGUCACUGAAAUCCCUGCACGACCUUCAAAAGGAAGCUAUGUUAAAGGAGAAUGGAUUGAAGGACGAACUGAAAGAAGUCCGUGGUGCAUUGGACAGUUUGAGUUCUGAAUUGGCAGUGAAGAUGUGCGAGGGAAAUGCAGUUGAGUUUGAGUUGUGGAUAUGGAAGUCGAUUGCUCAACGUCUAAAUGACGAUCUCGAAGAGAAUCAAAUGUUAAGGAAAGAGUUAGAAGCUUCUCUUCUUUCGCAAGUGGACAUUACUGAAAAUCUGAAGAGGCAGAUUGAAUUCUAUGAACAGGAAUCACUGAGAAGAGAACUUGAAGGCGCAGUGUUGACACACAUGGUGGAAGAAAGAGGAUUUAAGGAUGCUGAAAUGAAGGAGAAAAUGGCAGCUGCUGACAUCUAUUGCUUGGAGAAUAAACUGGAAUCCCAAAUGAUGGAAAUGAGAGAAGUACUGACGGCAAUGGAGGGAAAGCUGAGAACUUCAGAAGCAUUGGUUGAUGAGCUGAUGAAUGAGAAGAGAGGUUUGAGUGAAGAAGUCCUGAAGCUGACAGCCGAAAGAGAAAAUGUGCUGACUUUUCUCGUGCAGGUUGGUGACAGAAUUAGUGAGUUCUCUGCAGAGGACAUGCAAUUGAUGAAAAUGCUAGAAAAUAUUGUUGUGGACUCUAGUGAAGGAGUAAAAGGAAGAGACGGUGGUGGGAAAGAGAACAUUGAUGAAGAUCACCAUCUUCCUUCCCCAACGAUGAUGAAACGAUAUGGAGCAGUUGUUGAAGAGAGAUCGCCAUUCAGGGAGCUCAACGGCUAGUUGUUUAAGAUGUAUUUGUUCCCACAGAUUGGUACCGAGUGUUUUCUAAUUUGUCAGGCGCGCAUAUAUUACAAGUGUGCCUUGGUUGUUUGCUCGUUUAUGUAUGACAUUUGUAUGAGCCUCUUGUUCCUACUGCAAUGAGAAUAUGCCACACUCGUCUGAUUGAUUCACCAUAUUAUGAACGAAAGUACUGAUGUAGCAUGGUUGAUGUUUAUUGUUUGUGAAGAAAGAGCAUUCUAUUCUAUUGUAUAAAACAUGAAGGGACAAAGACUCUAAACACUGUUUCAUUUCUUGGCGUCUAGCGUCCAAGUAUUGGAAACGCUCAUUCCACGCACUUUCUUCUCCAGCCGUACUCUUAUCCUUCUCAGGCUCAGCCUUACCCUCACUCCCUCAGUCCAGCAACAGCAAACACAGGCCAUCGCCCAUACUCCCUCAGUCAAGCAUUCACCGGUCAGUGGUCGGUCAUGUCUAUCUCUUCAUCGUUCUAUUCUGCUAUCCCCAAUCCCACUCCCUUAACCCCUACUCACAGUCACAGGCUCGGAAAAAAUUGCUUUCUUCUCGCCCAAAUCGUCCUCUUCGGUUCCACCUCUCAUUAUUUUCUUUUGCUUCCUUUUUCCUGUAGCUCAACCAGUCACGACUCACGACCUCGCUUCCUAUUUCCUUCGCUCUGUGCGGAGAAAAUUGCUCCCUUCUUCAUGCGUUGUAGCCUGGCGAAGAAUGACCCUUGAUUGUCGAGAUGCAACCUUCUCCACGUUCCACCAACCAUUUUUUCGGCUGCGGUGUGUCGUUCACUCUGGUGUCACGACAGAAGGACCACUCGCCGGUAGCAACCGAGAGACAAUGUAAAGUUGAAGGUUUGGGGAUGUUCGACGAGCCAGGGAGGAUCUGCAUCAGCGAUAGCUGAUGUAUUGGUUUGCCCGGAAGGAUUCCCGACGACGGUGGCGCAGAAGCUGUGGAAAAGAAUUGGGGGAUGGUCUUUUCAAAGGAAGUCGGGCUAUUGCAUCGGAGAGAAAGUCAUUUGAAAGGCCACAGUGUGAAUUGAUCAGUGCCCAGUCGAAAUCAGUUAAGGGUGGGCACCCUGGCCUUACUUUUAACUCUGUUCCAGGUAGAUUUGUGUUGGUUACCUAUAUUAUUUGUUCUUGAUCCUGUCCUAUUGGCUGAAGCUGUGCUUUCUUUGGCUUCUUUAGGCAUACCCAACACACAUUCGGUUUGUUCCAAACUUCAUACCUCAAAUCAACCUGUAAGUUUCAUUCUUUAGCUAUUUGAUGGUAUAUAUGUUUUGGCUUCCAUGUUCUUCUGCCGUUGCCCUCUUAAGCAAAACCUAAGAUAGUUUAAGCCUGCCAUUGAUUUCUUCUGCCCCCUGACAUGAAAACGCUGCUUGGAGUUGGAACCUUACACCUGAAUCACAGAUCGCUUCACCAUCCUAACAUAAUUGGCUUCAGGGAGAUUCCUUUCCCAGCAAUCACUCUCCAAAUUGUUUUUUAUUUUCUUUAAUGCUAUUUUGUACUACAUCAGUGCUUUAAUGGCCCUUUUCCCCUCUUUGGGGGUGUAUGCUUUUGUAGCUGGUCCUGACUCCAACCCAUCAGAGCUUCAUAAUCUGUUGAUCCACUGUAAUUUGCUUUCUAAAUAUGCCACCUCAGCAUGAUUAAUUUGCUUCCUAAGACUUCGACGGAAGCAAUUUUAGAUCCGAAAUCUCUUGAUGCCACCUCAUUUGUUUGUGGAAACUCAAUACUCAGCAUGAUUAAGGUCCCCUACCCAAAGGAGUUUGAUAGGAUUUGAUGAACUUUCUUGCAUAUGUAAUAACCUGCUCAAUGUAUACAAUUGUAGUCUCCAAUUUAAUAUUCUGCUCAAUGUAGCUUAAAUGAGCUAUAGGAUUCUUUGCCUCAUUAAGUUGUCACUCAAAAGUCUACUACACUCCUAAAUAUGAAUUUGGAGCCUGAGUUAAUAAAUUUUGUUCUCUGUUUUCUUAUUUACACACUAGCUGAACCACAGAAUUUUGUUCGGGAUGAAAAAAAGAUCAUUUUAGAAGUUUGUAAAAUCAUGCAAUGUGCCCAUGAGAUGCCAUAAAACAUACAGAAAUGUUUCUAAACAUGCCAUCCCAAAUGGGAACUUUGUUUACAUCCCUUUUCUCUUGAGUCUUUCUCAUUAACCAGUUGUUGCAUAGGUUUAGAUAGCUGCAGGAAAUUAUUAAUGGCAUGUGUAGUAUAGUUUAUUUAGCCCAAAAUCACUGUCGUUGAAUUGUUUGUAUAUAUCUCUGUCUCUUUCAGUUCAAAGAUAUUGUGGAUCGUCUUUUGUUUUAGUGUUGCUGCACUUUCUUUCUGCUGGUGCAUAUGCACUUUCUUUCCCUGUUACUCUACAAGAAUGCUAGAGUCUUCUCUGAUGUUUGUGCACUUUCUUUGCUUUGUCAUCUUCCUACUCAUACAUAUAUAUUGUCCUGAUAUGGUUUACAUAAAGUGGUAUGUGUUCUCUUUGCUUCAGGCACUUGCCUGUAACCUAUUGCUCAUUUUUCUUUUAUCUGUGAGCUAGAGAGUGUGUAUAGCAGGGACCAAAGAUUAAGCUAAUCGAACACAUAGUUGUGGUAAUGGCCAUUCAAGUUGGUUGGCCAGUUGAUGAUUUGGUUAUGGCAGUGCAAGAGUAGCGUCCGCUGAAUAAACAAGUACCUAUGGA